AUAGCCUUAUGGACUAGUCAGUGGACCGUCGUCUGACUUCUUGUCUUCUGUCAUCGUGAAGGAUCAACUGCCCGGCCGGACUCCGUCAUAGUGGGGAGGAUUAUUCCUAUCUUCCCUUUAAUCGAAACAGAUUCUUCUUCUUUCCUUGUAUUUAGUUAUAUUUUUCUCCCGUUUGGCGUGGAUGACUCAUGUCAGUCAGCCAGUGUCUUUGGCGAGAAUAGACGUGACAUUUCCAACCGCAAUGGCUAUACAUCAAGAUGGACCAGCAGGAUCAAUACAGCUGUCAAAGCUACCCUCGGAAACAUCUGCGAUCGCGGAUGCGAAUGAUGGAAGUGAAAAUGACAACGACAUUAGCAAGGCCAAUGUCAAUACCCAGCAAACACCAGCACCACCAGCACCAUCACCAGCACCAUCACCAGCACCAUCACCAGCACCAUCACCAGCACCAUCACCAACACCAACAGCCACCGUGACAGCAGCAACAACAAACUACCUAGAAGAGAACCUCUACGACCUCCCCCUCUGGCGAAAAUAUAUCAUCCUCUUCGCAGUAAGCUGGAUGACCCUCGUCAUCACCUUCUCCAGCACAUCCCUUCUCCCCGCCGCACCGGAAAUCGCCUCAGAAUUCACCACGACCACAACCAUCAUCAACAUCACCAACGCCGGUGUGUUGGUCGCAAUGGGCAUAUCCUCGUUCAUCUGGGGCCCCAUCUCCGUCUUGCUGGGAAGGAAGAAUGCGUAUAUCGCUGCUAUCUUGGUGUUGUGCGGGUGUUCCGUUGGUACGGCUUUGGCGCCGAAUAUGCGUGUUUUCACGGCGUUGAGGAUUUUGGGGGGGUUUACGGGGACGUAUUUUAUGGUUGCUGGGCAGACUAUUUUGGCGGAUAUUUUUGAGCCUCUCGUCCGUGGAACGGCCGUCGGUUUCUUCAUGGUGGGCACCGUUAGUGGGCCUGCUGUAGGCCCCUGCAUCGGCGGCCUCAUCGUCACCUUCGCCCACUGGCGCAUCAUCUAUUGGGUGCAAGUCGCCAUGGCUGGCGUCGGACUCGUCGUCUCGAUCAUUUUCCUACCUGAUUUUCGCAUAGAACGGAAAUCUCGCACAGCCAGUCAUCCUGGUGCAUUGGAAAUCAUAUCCAUGUUCAACCCUAUGAAGGUCUUCCGGAUGCUUCUGUAUCCCAAUGUCUUGCUUGCUCAAGUAACAUGCGGCCUCCUGGCCUGGUUUCAAUACUCAAUCCUCACCUCCGUCCGCUCCGUCUUCAACCCCCGCUUCCACCUGACAACCGCCCUAGUAAGCGGAUUGUUCUACCUCGCCCCAGGAACAGGCUUCCUAGUCGGCAGCAUCGUGGGAGGGAAACUCUCCGACCGCACGGUUAGACGAUACAUCCAGAAACGGAACGGGGUGCGCAUGCCGCAGGACCGGCUGAAUAGCGGUCUGAUCACGCUUCUUGGCGUAUUGCCCGUUUCCACGCUUAUUUAUGGGUGGACGUUGCAGGGGGAGGUGGGGGGAAUGGCCUUGCCGAUUGUCUGUGCUUUUUUCGCGGGAGCAGGUUUGAUGGGGUCGUUCAAUGGGCUUAAUACUUAUACUGCUGAAGUAUACCCCCGUAUGAAGUCAGAGGUCAUGUCCGGGAAGUACAUUAUCCAGUACCUCUUCGGCGCGGGGAGUAGCGCUGCUAUUGUCCCGCUUAUUGAUGCGAUUGGGGUUGGGUUAACGUUUACCAUUAGCGUCAUUCUGGUGGUCACGGGCGGGUGUCUCGUCUUCAUCAUUACGAGAUGGGGACUGGACAUGCAGCGGUGGGCGGAGGGAAGGUUUAAGUUGGAGAAACACUCCUAGUGAUCAUGGAAUAUACGAUUGGCAGCUCUGGGUUCUGCCUGCAUGGGACUGCUUCAGCAGGAAUGGACAUAGACAUAGAUGUACAUGACUCUGAGCUAGAUGCUAGAUAUAUUGUCAAUACAGAUGCCUG